AUGCCUGAACGGGAUAACGUUAUUCAUAGUCCAAACUCUGAGUCAUCCAUUCCUCAUCAGAAACCAAGUAAUCAGCCUCAGAACCAAUCAAUCGCUAAGCAAGCAACAGCAUUUAUAACUAGAAAUGUGACUUCAGCAUCACGAUCAAAGUCAAGCAUAACGACACAACGCGUACAACCUCAAGAUUAUUCAAAAGCCCAGGCAAUAAACCAGCAAGAAAAUCCACAAGAGCAGACACCAUGUAGGUGCUUAGUACCACAGCGUAAGCAAAAUUCAAAACUCAUCACAGAGUCGAAAAGUCAGAGUCCUGAUGAGGGUCGUGAAGUGAUCGAAGAUUUGUCUCGUUCUGGGCGUCCAUUAACAUCAAAUACCGAAGAAAACAUGACAAAAAUCAAGAAAAUUGUGCAGAAAGAUCGUCGUAUGACUGAAAGGGAGAUUGCUCGUGACUUAAACAUCUCAAAUGGAUCCGUUCACCACAUUGGGCAUGAAACGCGUUGCAGCUCAACUUGUACCGAGACACCUUGA